AGGUAAAACGAAACAAAGAUAAUGUUAAAACAUAAUUAAUCCUAAAACGUAAAAGUUACUGAAUCGGCAGGCUGAAUAAUGUAACGGUUUACUCAUCGAAGGUAUCAUUUAAGUUGUACCACCCCCCCAUGUCCAUCUGUGAAUGGAACUGACCAUUAGUCAUCGUCACAUGAUAAAGCUGGAAUUUUUAGCCGGAAAAACGCACAGUAAUUUAGUCAUUCCUACUUUUUUUGUCUUCUGACAGUGUUUGAUAGACAUCAAAAUGAUAUGCGGAGGACUUACAGAUGGCACAAAUGCCGACGAAGAUAUUCAGAAAAUCUGCAAUGAAGUAAAGUCUCAAGCUGAGCAAAAAACGCGGAAAAAGUACGACGUCUUCGUCGCCAAGGUUUACAAAUCACAGGUUGUGGCUGGGACGAACUACUUCAUCAAGGUGCACGUGGGAGGAGAUGACCACAUCCACAUGCGUGUCUUCAAAAGUCUGCCACACGCCGGGUCAGUGCUGAAGCUGGCUGACGUCCAAGAGGACAAGACACAUGCCGAUGCCAUUGAGUUCUUCUGAAUGACGAAGGCUGACAGAAGCAUACCCAUUUGUCUGUACAGUAACUAGUACAUUGCAAUUAAAUACAAAAUAAUCCGCUA